AUGGCUGCGCCGGUUAUUAUUCAAUUGCAAACUGGAGAUAAAGUUGAUCGGUUCACUGUGAGUUUGAAAAUUCAUCGAUUUUCGAUAGACAUACAUAAAAUGGGCCCCCAGAAUCGGGGUGAGGGGCUUAACUUUUUUCAAAAAUCUGAAGGGAAGUGUGCCUAACUUGGCCAAUUUUCUGCUGACUAUUUACCAAAAUUCCCAGAUUUGUCCAAAAUUCGCUCAAAAAAGUGAGGAAGGUGUUUAACUUUGGAAAAUUUUCAAGGAGGGACCCUAACUUUGAAAACUGACUCGGAGGACCUAUUUUAUGUAUGUCGAUAGAGCGCACUUGAUUUUUUCAUAUGGAAAUACCAGAGAAAAUUCCUGCAAAUUCAAAUUUUCAGACUAUGAAAAAAUUGGGCGAAGGAACAUUUGGAGCAGUUUAUGCGGUAAAAGAUGAGAAUGGAAAUGAGCACGCGCUAAAAGCCGAAAUGGCUGGAGAAAAAAUCAAUCUUCUCAAACUCGAAUUGUAUGUUAUGCAAAAACUAACCGCGAAAAAAGCCAAACAUAUGGCAACACUCAUUGAUAAAGGACAUUUUGCAAAUUUCAAUUACAUUGUAAUGAAAUUUUUGGGGAAAUCGAUGCAAGAAGCCAAGAAAACCGGGCCGAAUGGACAUUUGACUCUUGGAUGUGCAAUCGGAGCAUCAAUUCAAUGUCUUGAAGCAUUGGAGGAAUUACAUUGGAUCGGUUUUUUGCAUCGAGAUGUGAAGCCGGGAAAUUUCGCGGUUGGUCGCGCUGAUUUUGGGGAACUUCGUAAAAUAUACGUGCUCGAUUUUGGGUUGUGCAGGAGAUUUGUUGAUGAUAAUAAUGUGAUGUUGCAACCGAGAAAAAAGGCGCCGUAUAGAGGAACACCGAGAUAUGCACCAAUUGCAUCGCAUGAAGGGCAAGAACAUGGGAGAAAAGACGAUGUUGAGAGUUGGUUUUAUAUGUUGGUCGAUUUUACCAAUGCAUCUUUGCCAUGGAAAGUUGUGUCGGAUUUGAAAGAGGUUGGAGAUAUGAAAAAGAAUUCGAGAAAUGAACCGAUGAUUCAACAAUUGCUCAGUGGUUGUCCUUUUGAAGAUUAUAAGCUUGUUAUGAAGUGAGUUUUGAAUUUUUUUUGAAUUCAGCUCUAAAAAAUCAUGGUUUUCAGUCAUAUUGAUGGACUAACCUACUUUUCCGAACCCAAUUAUGCCCUGAUUUAUCAAACAUUACGACAAGCAAUGAAGAAACAGAAUUUGAAAGAAUUCCCAUAUGAUUGGGAAUCUGUUUAUGCAAAAUGA